AUGUCUACCGCAACGUCGUUAGCGGCGACUGCCGCUACAGCGUCGGCUACCAGUACUGGCACUUCAGGAAGCAAUGGGAGCAAUGGGCCUAGUUCCCCACUUCUCUUCUUCGUCGCCCUGGGAUUUGGUGUCGUUUUUACGAAUCUAUGGAUCAUCGUCGGUGUCAAGUACUGUUUUCGCUAUAACCAGCGGAAUCGACAGCGUAUGGCUGGAGAAGACCCCGACGGAGUCGACCUCGGUGCAAUGCCUCGCCAACAUCGUCGCAGACGCGAAAAGAAGUUGAUGACAAUGGAUGAGGUCAAUGAAAAAUUCCCUUUGACAAAAUACAAAACGUGGCGAUCCAAUCGAGCUGAUGCCGGCCUGUCGACUGCUGGAGGAAUCAACACUGCUUCCAGACCACCGAGUAUACACAAUCACCCUCGUGACUCAAAAGACGGUGGCGAGGCAAGAGACCUGGCUCACACGAAUACCUUCUCGACGGUCGAUGAGGAAAAGGCUGGACCAGAGCAUGGUACACCGGAGGUGGUCGCCGAAGAAAGUGCGCGGCCUACCACACCUACCCGGCCCAGAAGCGCUCAAGCAGAUUCGCCCAGUACUGGGAUCCAGAAAGUUACAACCAACGAGGAGGAGGAAGACGAUGAACAGAUCCAGACUGCAGUACCGGCAGAACAAUUACCUGAUCCAGGAGAUGCUUGCGCCAUCUGCAUCGACACCAUUGAAGAUGACGAUGACAUUCGUGGUUUACAAUGUGGUCAUGCUUUCCACGCAUCUUGUGUUGAUCCCUGGUUAACGUCACGACGCGCUUGCUGUCCCCUCUGCAAAGCUGACUACUAUGUCCCCAAACCUCGGCCUGAAGGUGCAGCUGGUGAUGGUCUAACCAGGAGCGGUACGAACGCUGACGUACAGCCGCCUGCUGCGACCUAUUCGAUCAUCGGAGGUGGACGCGCUGGCAGAAGACCAGCCAUGAUUAUUCCUGGUCGAUUCUUGAAUAUCGUUUACCAUGACCGUGACCGACACGGAUUUCCGGUUGUGGUUCGGGCUCAGCGGACUGAUCAGAUAGCGCAACAGGCUAGACCUAAUGCUGCUACUGAUAGACAACCGCAACCCGAGAGUUGGAGAUCCAGAUUGACUGGACUAAGGUUCCUGGGGAGGAAUCACCCAGCACAAGAACAAACCCAGAACGACUCGGCUGCUCCGGAAGUUCAACCCACACCUUCGCAGCUUGAAGCUGGAAGAUGAGUGUGUUCCACAAGCAACGAUGACAUGACAUGAUUACUAGCGAAAUUUCUUGACGACGGUCUAUGGGUGCGGCAAGCAGGAGUUUCUUCUCUUUCAGUCUGGUUGGAUAAAAAGGCAACUGAGGGAAGGCUGGACCAAUUUUAUGCCUGGC